CAGAUCAGCACCCCAAUGGAUUCCAAUCGGAUCAAUUUGAUAUCAGUUUUAUGGCUUUGUUAUAUAACACAAUUAACAGCCCUGUCAAAACAUUUGAUUGUUUGACAGCCGUGUUAUCAGAAUGAUUAACUAAUAACGUGUAGAUUCGGGGUUGGCUUAAUCUCCUCCUGAACUUUGGAACACACAGUCGUGGACUUGAGGACUUUUAUAAAAGUUCACUCAUAUUUUACACAAUUAUUUCCCUGUGCACUUUAAAUUAAUGUUAAUUAUGGCUGGUAGAAAUUUAGUGGAUAUAAGAGUAAUUCUACUUCUUUUGUUAUUAACAUUACACUGUGUACUGAGUCGGGGUAUUAUGCCAAAAUUGGGUACUCGGUCAGUAGGCCAUUCACAAUCAUUUGAAAAUGGAAAAACCCAUAAAUACUCAUACUCCACCAAUGUUGUGUUCAAUGAAGCUAACUCAGGAGGGAAGAAAGAUGUUGGAUAUUACUUAAGUACAGAAUUUGAUCUGUCACCUGUCUUCCAAGCAGGUGAUGAACAGCUGAUGAAACUACAAGUUACUAGUGCAGUAUUGUCAAGUGUAUCUCGACCAGAUCUUACAAAUGCCUUAGCCACCCUACUGAAGUACCCAGUAUACUUUGAACUAUCUGAUGGAACUGUGGGAAGAGUAUUUGGGCCGGAGAAGGAAAGUGUCUUCUGCAGCAAUUUGAAAAAAGGAAUAAUUUCUUUAUUUCAAAUGCAAAAUAAAGAUGGGAACAGAGAGGAGCUUGAUGUGUCAGGAGAUUGCAAAGUUUCCUAUGUAAAAACAGGGUCCACAGUUACAAAGACUAAACAUGGCUGUCAGAAUCUAGAGAUCGCUGGACAGUAUAUAAAUCCUAAUAAGUUAUUUGGAGUAUCUGUUUCCAGCACCUCCACAACACAGUAUGAAAUGUUAGGAACUGUUAUACAGACAGCUCAAGGCAUACAUCACAGUGUAGCUACAGUAAACAUCAAGUCAUCUAUAAACACAGCAGCUACAGCUCAACAAUCAUUACAACAUAUCAGUUCACAAGCAGGGAAGUCAACUGAACAAGGUUCAUCUAUAGAUGAUAUAGUCACCCAUCUUAGUAAAGAUUUAGGUCUGAGUUUAACAUCAACAUUACUGCCAAGUGGUACAGAAGUACAAUCAUGUCUAGAUAACUGUCAGAAGCCAAUAGACGUUUUAAGAAAUUUGAAAGAAAGCUUAGUAAGUGAUAAAUUAGCUACAGCUGAAUCUGGCAAAGCCUUUAUAGAACUAUUGAGAACCUUUAGAAACACAGGGAAGUUAACUAUUGAAGAGAUUCUCACCAACACUGAUAGCUAUUAUAUUGUUCCUCAGUUAAUAGAUGUAGGAGCAGCUACCCAGACCCCAUUUGCACAGAGAGCAAUGAUGGACCUGGUCCAGUUUGAACAGGACUAUUCUACAGAAUACCCAGAGAGAUUGUUACUGGCCCUUGCUUACAGUACUCAUCCUGGAGAAUAUGUCUUAAAGGAUUUAAUUAAUUUAAUGAAAAAGAAACUACCAAAUGUUAAUAUUCAAGAAUCUGUUGCCAUGGCAACUGGAGCUGUUAUACAUACAUACUGUCAAUACCCAGAUCAGUGUCAGCAUGAGAUAGUUAAAGAAUACAAACAAUUGAUAAGAAAGAUGUUAAAGGAUUGUGAUGACGACAUUUGUACAUUGAGACACCUUAGAUCUGUAGGGAAUGCAGGAUUAGCUGAGUUCUUACCAGAGUUACUUACUAUUGCUCAAAACAAUAAAAACCCAGCCGUAUCAUUGGCUGCUGUACAAGCACUGAGAAGGAUGGACAAAGAUUUCCUCAAAGAUCAGGCAAAAGUAAGAUUGGUCAAGAUGUAUCUACAGAUUACCAGAGAAUAUGAUUCCAGUGUCAGAGUUGCUGCCCUUGAAUUAUUGGUGCAGCUUAGUCCUACUCCAGAAGAAAUCUAUAGUAUAUUAAAAUCAGCUUUAGACAAUAGAAAGGAGUUUGAGUUGUCUUUAUAUACCAUGAAAAGAGUUUUAGAUAUGGUUAACUCUAAUAACAAUGUCAGGGAAUCAUUUUUAACAGCUUUGAAGAGAUAUGAUAUAAACAACUAUAACUUCUUUGGUCACAGAGGAAAAUCAAGUGCAUAUACAGGACUAAUGGCAGCUAUGAAAGAUAUGAAUUCCUCCUACUACCUCCAUCAAGAGACAGCUAGAACUGGUGUGAUGAAGAGAAGUGGUAUGGAUGUCGGAGUAUAUAAUGAUGCCAUGAUACAGCCUGUAUUUAAUUUUGAACUGUAUGCAGAAGGUUUAGAGGCCUUGAUAGGAGGGGGAGAUGAGGAGGUACCAGAAGGGGGACCUGAGGCUACUGCAGGCAUGACUUUAUCUUUGAUGGAUGUUUUAUUACGACCAAUAGAAUUUUUCCGUGGAUCUGGAGGACUUAUGUCGGCUGUAUGGAAUGCACCCUCUGAACCAAUCUCAGCAUUACAGGCAAAUCUUUUACUACAUGACCAUUCACAGAAACUACAUUUAUCAAAUGGAUUAAUAAUAGAUGUACAAGUGACAGGUGUAGCCUCCAUUGAUCUCUCUGGCAGCAUUAGUAUUAGUUUAUGGUACAAAAACUCUAACUCAUUAAUUAAAACAAGUGGUGCUAUGAUUAUAAAUGGAUGGAUGAAGUUAGAAUCUGAAGUUUUACAAGGAGGAAUGAACUUUACAGCUGAAUCAGAAGCAGUUAUAGACUUUAAAACAGAUGUAGAUUUCUCAAAUAUGCCUUUUAAAAUGUGUUUACAAAUGAUGAGACCUCCAUUACAAUACAAAUAUAAUUUAGAAAAAUUUGAAAAAUCCAGAUUUUUGAAGAAAAGAUAUAGACACAAAGUUAAAAGAUCUACAAGAAUAUCACCACAGUCAUUCUUUAUAAAUGAGAAAAAUUCAGAAAUGUGUACAGGAAUGUUUUCUAAUGAAUAAAAGAUUAAAGUCCUAAACCAGAGGAGUCAUUCCAGAUUAUGAGGAAAAUCACUUUCUUUGCAGAAUUCCCUCAAACUUGAUUUUAAUGUUACAUCUUUGUUUUAAAAUUAUCUUUUAGUUAUUUUCUUUUAAUUAAGAAAUAUUUUUAAAACAUGGGCUGCCGAUACAUCACUCGUUAAUGACAUGUUGUGUUGUUUUAAAUGUUAAGAACUAUGGUUGCUCUUUUAUUUCAGGGGGUGGGGAAUCUUCAAUCACGGUUAUGUUAUUUUUAUUGAUAUAAUAAUAUAGACUUUCCAUUAUUAAAGUGCAGUUGUGUUUUUUACUUAGUUAAUGCGAAAACCCAGUCUGCAUAUUUGACAAAAAAUAGCAGUUUCACAAAUCAUCUUUGAUUAGAUCAGGGUUGUAACAAUGGAUAUCUGAAAUACUAAAAUGAUGACUGCAAACGCCUUGGUGACAUCAUUUUAUAGAAUUUGGGAAUUUUGAAAUCCAAGGAACAAAACUUAACUUAAACCUGCUGCAUUUUCUAUUUUGUUUUUUGUUUUUUCCAGACUUUUAAAGGUCUGUUAUUGUUAAGAUAUAAAUUUGCCUUCAUCAUUUGACACUGCCUCAUUUUAAAAUUGUUUUGUUUUUGUCUUAAAUCUAGACAAUAAUGUCAUGUUAGAUUGUUCAACAGGUUGUUUCGCUCAACUGAGUUGUACAGAUUUAGUUUUUCGCUGGAGUAAACAGAGUGAUUAAAAUUAACAUGAAAUCAAAGAAAAAGUAAAUAAUAAAAUUGUGUUAAUAAAGUUAUAAAUGUAUUACUAAAACUUUUCAAUAGCAAUAAUUAGACACUUCAUUUAAGUUUUUCUUUUUCUAUAUAAAAUUUGAGUCCAUUAUGUAUUCUAUUGUUGUUUUCUGCCAUUGUCAUGACAACUUGCAAUAACUGUUCAAAUACUCUUUGUUAUAGAAUAUUGUAUUUUUAUGUGCCAAAAAUAAUCAUGUUUUGCAAUAAAUUGUUGAAUUUUGUAUAUUUACAAUUAAAUGAA